AUGGCAGUGAAGGACUUGAGCGAAGACUAUGGUGGUGAAGAUGAUGUAGAAAGAGACUUGCUACACUAUUCUUACAAAGAUGUACUUGCGCCAGAGAACUAUGGGAAGGUACAACCAAUGCUCAGUGAU